AUAGUCAUAUUAUGAAGAGUUGCAUCUUCGUAUACCUUGUAUUUGCGUACAGGGUAGUCUCAUCUGGCGAUGUAGACGAGGAAUAUGGACGGGGGAUAUCUUCUUCAUAUUCCGCACCUCCUCAGACAUGUACUCUUCCGACAUUUAGAAGUACUUUGGAGUUCGUAAAGCCGGAGCAACCACCAAAACUAUUCGGAAUAGACUUUGAUGAGACAUUUUACAGCCUCCAUGACAAGGAUGCAUUCAAGAAGAACGUCGAGGCUUUCGCAGAAGCCAAGAAGAAGGAGUUUAUUCCGUUCUUUUGCACGGGAAGAUCGAGGGACGCAACCUUUAGGCUCGUUGGAGAUAAUUUUGUGACAGAAACCAACUACAACGGCUACCCCGGUGUAUACCAGAAUGGAGCCUUAGUGUACGAUGAGAAUGGCAAUGUAAUAUAUUCACAACCACUUUCCAAGGAGUUCAUUAGAAAGACCUGCGAGUUGGUAACUUCAAAUCCAUCAACUGGAGCUGUAUUAUUUACCAGGGAUGGGUACUAUUCACCAGCCAAAGUUACGGAUCCAAUGUCAAGGUACAUACAAGAAAGAGAACUUCCGGAUCCAGAGAUUAAAACUACAGAGGAAAUUGUAGAAUUAGAGAUAUACAAGAUUUAUUUAGCCGCUAACCAUCUAGACUUUCCAGGUUUUGAGCAAGGGAAGGACUAUGUCGCAAAGGUCGAUCUUCCCGGAUCCUGGGAUAUAGGCUCUGGAGACCUAAAUAAAGCCCUUGGUCUCAAGAAGCUCAUGGAGCACUAUGGCAUUCCUCCAGAGGAGUGCGCAUUUAUAGGCAACGGUGAUAAUGAUAUCGAAGCUAUGGAGCUUUCUAACCUCUCAUUCGCAGUUGGAAAUGCACCCGCUGAAGUUAAGAAGCAUGCAAAGAUUGUGCUGGACAAAACCUGUGACCAAGGAGCAGUUGCAGAGGCCCUAGGACUUGUCUAUUCUUUAUAGAGUGUUCAAUAUCAUCUACAUCUAGUAGACGGUAUUGAUGAUACAUGUACACUAAAUUUCGCGGGAGGCAAAGAUCACAUGUAAUUUAUAAAUAGUAAUAAAGCGUACCACCAAGUUUCAUCCUCAGAGCGGGAUGU